AUGAUUACUUUUGCCUUUUGCCUGACGCUGCUUACGGCUGUAUCUGCUGCGCCGAGAGUGACGUCCGUAGUCCCGGGACAGGAGCUCAUCGACAGCGCCUCCCCCCCCGGCUUCUUCGCGGAUAAGCUCAAGGACUCGAACAGCAACUUCGGGUCCCUGGAUCUGCUGGGCAGCUGCUGCGGCGAAUCCAAAGGCCAAGCUUUUCAAGUCGCACAGUCCGUCAAUACGAACAAUAUCUACGGAUCGACAAUUGACGUUGCAAAGGGCAUCUUCGACAAGACCAACUGCAGUCAUGUGGAUCCGCAAAGCUUGGAUGCAAAAGUCAGCAUGGACUGCAACUACUUCUUCGUCUUCAAGAACAAGGCGCAUGCCGAGCACGACUACGCUGCUAACUGCGUGCCGGCAACAGUAUGCAAGGAUGACGUUGUGGGCAUGACCAAAGGUUUGGUGGGGACCUACGGGGUGGUCUUGCAAAUCUUGCAGGGCAACCUUGGCUCCUUAUACUGGCUGGGUGAGGGGCAACUGCACGAAUGCUACAAGGCAAUGCACCAGAUCAACACGGGCAAGAUUGAAGAUCUUUUCGUCACGAAGCCAGGUCUCGUGAUUGCCGGGCAUGUCCUGACUCACGACACUGUCAUGGAAAUUCCCGGCAUGGCUAAGCUCGGGGUGAAGGAGUCCUUGUCCAGCUGCAAGGAUGAUGGCUCGGUGGGUUAUCUCUUCGUCCACAAGAACCUCUACUGGUCCACCAAGAAGGAUGAGGUAGAUAUAGGCGAGUUCACGAAAUUCAAGCAGGAGAAGGAGAAGCAGAAGCUGGAAGCUGCCAAGAAGAAAGCGGAGGCAGCAGCACGAGAGGCCAGGCGGAGGUCCUGGUUCCUGCUUGCUCCAGAGCUUUGA